AGUCAAUCUUUUCUCACUUCCAACUUCCAACUCAUAUGUGAUUGUUUUCAAAUCACGUUUUUUUUUUCUUUAAUUUAAUUUUCUCCACUGCUUCUUUUGUUUGUUCCCAUUCCUAUUGUUGUCUUCUCUCUCUCUCUCUCUUGGCCCAUUUCCUAUUCCAAACCCCAUCAUCACUUCGUCCGAACAGCAAGAAGCAAACCCUAAAUCGAAUUCCUUCAAAAGUUGGGAUUUUUAAUCAUUUCAUGGAAGUAAAAGAACAUAUGGGAAGAAUCUACCUGGCUCCGGUAAUCCGACGAGAGUUUUUCUGGGAAUCUUUAAACUAGAACUAGGGGUUUGCCUGGGCUUUUCGUCGUAUUCCUUUUGUCUCUUUUCUAAAUCUCCAGGUGACUAUUAGUGGGAUGGCUGGGAGCUGGGACAGAAGUUACGACCCUGGCAGCCAGUCAGAUGAUAGCCAUCAUUUCGAGAGACUGCACAUAGAGCCCAUUUACGAUGCAUUUGUUUGCCCUUUGACAAAGCAAGUUAUGCGUGACCCUGUGACACUAGAAAAUGGGCAAACAUUUGAACGUGAAGCAAUUGAAAAGUGGUUCAACGAAUGCAAGGAAAAUGGAAGGAAGCUGAUUUGCCCAGUGACCCUAAAAGAACUACGAAGCAUAGAUCUAAAACCUAGUAUUGCUUUGCGGAACACCAUUGAGGAGUGGACUACUAGGAAUGAAGCUGCCCAGCUUGAUAUGGCUCGUAGAUCAUUAAAUAUGGGCAGUUCAGAAAAUGAUGUACUGCUGUCUCUGAAGUUCAUCCAACAUAUCUGCCAAAAAAAUCGAUCCAACAAACAUGUUGUACGCAAUGUUGAUCUAAUACCUAUGAUUGUUGACAUGCUAAAGAGCAGCAGCCGUAAAGUUCGGUGCAGAGCAUUGGAGACACUCCAAGUAGUGGUCGAGGAAGAUGCAGAAAAUAAGGCUAUAUUGGCUGAGGGGGACACCGUGCGUACAAUAGUUAAGUUCCUGUCCCAUGAACAGUCCAAGGAGAGGGAGGAGGCUGUCUCUUUGCUGUAUGAACUUUCAAAAUCUGAAGCCUUGUGUGAGAAGAUUGGUUCUAUUAAUGGAGCAAUUCUUAUAUUAGUUGGAAUGACAAGCAGCAAAUCUGAGAAUGUUUUGACUGUUGAGAAGGCUGAAAAAACUCUAGAAAAUCUGGAAAAGUGUGAGAACAAUGUCAGACAGAUGGCUGAAAAUGGUAGAUUGCAGCCUCUUUUGACCCAGAUUCUUGAAGGCCCACCAGAAACAAAGCUUUCCAUGGCUGCAUAUCUUGGUGAGUCAGUUUUGAAUAAUGAUGUGAAAGUCCAUGUGGCAAGAACUGUAGGUGCAUCUCUAAUCGAUAUCAUGAAAAGUGGAAGCAUGCAAUCAAGAGAAGCUGCUUUGAAGGCUCUUAACCAAAUUUCAUCUUAUGAGGCAAGCUCCAAGGUGUUGAUUGAGGCAGGAAUACUACCUCCUCUUGUCAAGGACCUCUUUACUGUUGGUGCCAAUCAGCUUCCCAUGCGACUGAAAGAGGUCUCAGCCACAAUUCUGGCCAAUGUGGUAAACUCAGGAUAUGAUGUAGACUCCAUCCCUAUUGGGCCGGACAACGAGACUCUUGUUUCAGAAGACAAUGUCCAUAACUUACUGCAUCUAAUCAGCAACACUGGUCCACCAAUUGAGUGCAAACUUCUUCAAGUUCUUGUUGGACUCACUAGUUCUCCGACAACAGUUCUGAAUGUUGUUGCUGCGAUUAAAAGCUCUGGGGCUACCAUUAGUUUGGUCCAGUUUAUUGAGAUUCCCCAGAAGGAUUUGCGUAUGGCAGCCAUAAAACUUCUCCAGAACCUUUCUCCUCACAUGGGUCAGGAAUUAGCAGAUGCACUACGUGGCACAGUUGGCCAGCUCAGCAGCCUGAUUAGAGUCAUAUCAGAAAAUACAGGAAUUUCUGAAGAACAGGCAGCAGCUGCUGGCCUCUUAGCUGAACUCCCAGAGAGGGAUUUGGGCCUUACACGUCAAAUGCUAGAUGAAGGUGCUUUUCAGUUGAUCAUCUCUAGAGUCAUCAAGAUCAGGCAAGGAGAGAUUAGGGGCACCCGCUUUGUAACACCAUUUCUUGAAGGACUUGUACGCGUUCUGGCAAGGGUUACUUUUGUCUUGGCAGAUGAGCUUGAUGCUGUUGUCCUUUGCCGUGAGCAUGGUCUUGCAGCGUUAUUCAUUGACUUGCUUCAGGCCAAUGGUCUUGACAAUGUGCAGAUGGUUUCUGCCACAGCAUUGGAGAACUUAUCUCAAGAAUCCAAAAAUUUGACAAAAUUGCCAGAGUUUCCAGCACCUGGCUUUUGUGCCAGUGUCUUUCCAUGUUUCAGCAAACAGGCUGUCAUAACAGGAAUGUGCCGGGUCCACCGGGGAACAUGUUCACUUAGAGAGAGCUUUUGUCUUUUGGAAGGACAGGCUGUGCAUAAGUUGGUUGCUCUCUUGGACCACACAAAUGAGAAGGUGGUUGAAGCAGCACUUGCAGCAAUUUCUACUUUGUUGGAUGAUGGGGUUGAUAUUGAGCAAGGAGUGACGGUUUUAUGUGAGGCAGAGGGAAUCAAGCCAAUACUCGAUGUGUUACUUGAGAAACGAACAGAGAACUUGAGGAGAAGAGCAGUUUGGGUAGUUGAGAGACUUUUAAGGACUGAUGAAAUAGCCUAUGAAAUUUCUGGAGAUCAAAAUGUGAGCACUGCACUUGUUGAUGCCUUCCACCAUGCUGACUACAGAACCCGGCAGAUUGCUGAGCGUGCCCUGAAGCAUGUUGAUAAGAUCCCAAACUUUUCUGGAAUUUUUCCAAACAUGGGAUAGAAUUCUUGCACACGCCUUAUUCAUAAUUGGGUGAGCAUAGCAACCUGUAUGUAGUUCAUCCUUUGCCAAAAGCUGUCUCAGUCCAUAUAUGGAUUUGUUUUGCAAGGGAUUAAGCUGUGGUUUGCAAGGGAUUAAGCUGCAAAUAGAUAUCACUGUAUAUGGAUUUCCCACUUGUAGAGGUUUUCAAGAAAUCGUUCAUUUGUUCUUAAUGAUGUUAUUUUCAUUGAUCUUCAUUUCUUUAUACGAACUCCUAUUGUUUUGGCAUUGAGUGGUAUCGGCCUUUAGUUCUAAUAAUGCCUUUUCA